GGUUUCUGCCAUAACAAAUACCACCCGGCAAGAUUGAAACUGAGAAGAAAAAAUUCUAAUGGCGUCUAGGGUUUCACUGAAGAGCAAGGGCAAGGCGAGCGGCAAGGGUUCCAAGGGCUCGCAGGAGGAGAAAUCCCUGGCACAGAGCUUCAAGGAGUGGAGCACCUGGACCGUGAAGAAGGCCAAGGUCAUCACCCACUACGGAUUCAUUCCUUUGGUCAUCAUUAUCGGCAUGAACUCCGAGCCCAAGCCCCACAUCUCCCAGCUUCUCAGCCCGGUCUGAUCUUUGUUCCUCUAUUUUCUGCAAUACCCAGAUCAGGAUUCGGGCUCCUCUUUCAUGGGUCGGUGCCUAUUUGUCGAAUCUACGUGAUUUGAGUUUGGGUUUUAUGUUAUGUUGAUGGGGUUUCUGUAUGUUUAUGUAAUGUUUGGAUGCCGAGAAAAUCUAGGGAAUAGGAAAUAAGAAGAAGUUAGUUUUGAAUAUUGAAUCUUUAUUUUAAUGCAUUUUGAUAUUGCCUUACUA